UUUUGGUUAGAAUUUUUGAUGCAUGAUUCGAUCGAGUGAUUUACUAAAUUCAAAUUUCGCAUAUUUUAAUCACCAAUAUUAAUUAAAACGUAACGAUGCAUUCUGUUUUUGCGCGCAAUAAUGCUAUUGUGGCAUAUACGUUAAGUGUUUCGGCGUGCCUAACAUUUUGUUGCUUUCUCUCUACUGUAUUUAUUGAUUACAGAGCAAAUGCGAAUUUAAAUACUGUAAAAGUAGCUGUUAUACAUCUCACUCCAUUAUUUAAUUGGAACGUUAAGCAGUUAUUUUUGUAUCUCACAGCAGAAUAUCAAACAAGAAAUAAUGACUUCAAUCAGGUAGUAUUAUGGGAUAAAAUAGUACUUCGUGGAGAUAAUGCUGUACUUGAUUUUAAAAAUAUGAACACAAAAUAUUAUUUCUGGGAUGAUGGUAAUGGCUUAAGGGGAAAUAAAAAUGUAACAUUAACAUUGUCAUGGAACAUUAUACCAAAUGCUGGACUUUUACCAAGUGUUAAUGCUCUUGGUUCUCACACUUUUGCAUUCCCAUCUGAAUAUACCUCAUUACGUGUGUAAUAUAAAUUUCCAUGUAUGCAAUACAUCUAU